GAGAGCGAGCAAGUAGCAGGGCGAGCCUGAUGUCUGUUAACCAGCUGAUCGUUCAACCCAGACAGAGAGCAGAGAGGGGAGGGGAGCAGAGAGAGGAGUGACUACUGAUGCUCCAGUAAAUCUGCACCGUGUGAGUCAGUGCUGUGGAGAGCAGAGCGGCAACAGAAACAGAAACAGCAGCAGCAGCGUGAGACACGUUUCACUCUCACGAGCCUCAACAGCGCAGAAGAGCAGGAUGGGAAAGCUGAGCGACUAAGCAAGAGGAGGAAGUGAGACAGCCAUAUAGAAAGCAAGAAGUGAGGGGGAGAGGCAGCGUGACAUAUCGACGGCUUCUUCUUUUCGACAGCCACCCUUUACUUCGCUGUUGAAAGACUGACUGUGGAAGAUCACUGUGGUACCAUUUUGAUUGACAUAUCAGUCUAAACUGAUCCACAGGAGGAGAAACUUUACUGUAAAAACGUUGGAGGUGGCAUCAGGUUUAGGACUCGACGUGGUGCAGGGAUGUCCUGGUUGUCUCCAGUCCAGUGGGCCAAAUGGACAUGGUCAGCAGUGACUGGGGCUGCGGGAGAUGAUGGGCAGACCAGAUCGAAGGAUGACGGAGGGGACAAUUCAGACUCAGAGGGAACCUUUGAGACUCCAGAGGCAGAGUCUCCUGGUGUUGUGAAGCUACUCAGCCAACUGGACAACUGCAAUCGCACAGUUCCUCCUGAUGUUACAAACCAUUUUCUGGACAAGAACUCUAAUCAGAAUGCAGACACCGCUUCCUCUCAAGAGGUUGAUUCUCUUAACAACCUCACUAGCUCCUCACCUAACAACAGCAGCUUCAGUUUGGAUCAGAACCUUAAUUUGACCCUAAGCACCAAACCGAGCCCAGGAGAGGGUCUCUCCCCGUCCACCCCUCUGCCCCAGCCUCAAGCUCCGCGGCCCCCAACACUGUCCGUCCUCUCCCCGCUGAACAAACCCGAUCCCACGGAGGUGGACGACGAGGCUCCGGUGACGUCUGACUCCAGCCCAGACUCAAACUUGAUUCCCAGUCAUGACAUUUGUAUGGACCCUGAUUUGCUCAAUGGCAACAUGAACUCUGACACUGUGUCGUCAAACACAAAACUGACCUGUGGGACCAAUGACGCCAUAAUCACGAACUCCUGCAAAGUGAAGCAGAACCAGCCGAUGCAGAAGGACUUCAGUGGACAGGAUGACCAUCAUGGAGGCCACGCCACAGAUGAGGAGAAGUUGGCGAGCAGUACAAGUGUCAAACCAGACAAGGACCAAAGCAUCCAAGACUGCCAUGUGACACCUGAGGAGUCAGACUGCUGCUCUGCGCAGUAUGAAGACACGUGCAAACUGAAGAACCAGUCGAGGGGAAGUGAGAUGCAGAAAACAGGAAGUCAGGUCCUGGAUUCCAUCUGCAUCAGUGAGGCCGAAAAGCAGGCCGUUCUCACCCUCAUUAGAGAGGAGAUCAUUGCUAAAGAGGUGGAAGUCAGCGACUGGAAGAAAAAGUACGAAGACUGCAAACAAGAAGUCACUGAGAUGAGGAAGAUUGUCGCAGAAUAUGAGAAGACAAUUGCUCAGAUGAUUGAGGACGAGCAGCGCAACAGCCUGAGCUCCCAGAAGGCUUUGCAUGCAGUGACCAUGGAGAAGGAAGCUGCCCUGGCAGAUCUGAACUCUGUGGAGCGCUCUCUCUCUGACGUUUUUCGGCGUUAUGAAAAUAUGAAGAGCACCCUGGAGGGCUUUAAGAAAAAUGAGGAGGUGCUGAAGAAGUGUGCUCAGGAGUAUCUGGCCAGAGUCAAACAGGAGGAGCAGAGAUACCAGACACUUAAACUCCAUGCUGAGGAGAAACUAGACAAGGCCAAUGAGGAGAUCGCUCAGGUGCGUACGAAGGCGAGCGCAGAGAGCAUGGCACUGACCGCCAGCCUGAGGAAGGAGCAGAUGAAGAAUGAGUCUCUGGAACAAGCCCUGCAGCAGAAGAAUCAAGAGAUUGAGGAACUCACAAAGAUCUGCGACGAGCUGAUUGCCAAAAUGGGAAAAAUAGACUGAGAGACACUUCCUGUGACUCAGCCACUACCGUCCCUCUGGUCCUGCCUACAGUAAUGCCCCGUGCAUGUCCCCAGCCAAGAAGCAGCUCUUACACCCUGUGCCAGCCCUGCAUCUCAGAGACUGCUUAUGUACAGUCUAAAAUAAAAUUCCUGUAUACUACUAUUGCACUACUUGUGACCAGAAUCAAGGAGGUUCUGUAAAUGCUACUUAUUGUUGGGACUUUGUUAUAUGUGGUCAUGAUGUUUUGUUUGCAUCUAUUGUCCAUUAUGAGAUAAUCUGGAGCCUUUGUGCUUUCGUCCAUCAUGCCACUGAACAACAAACUGCUUGUGACUCAACUUAAAGUCCCAGCAGCUUAACGGCUAAAUUCCUGCAUGAUGACAUCAGAUUUAAUGCAGGCUGGGGUUGUUUGGGAGUUUCUUUUGGGCUUGUGCUUUGACAGGCUUUUGACACGGAUCGUUUGAAAAGCAACAAUCCAUAAAAUGUAUUUUUCUAUGGUGUAAACAAGGAUUUCACUCUUUAAAGAGAGGGGCUCAGGGGUAUUGUGUGGGGCAGAAAGAAGUCAGGGUUAAAGUCAAGCUGCGCAUGAGCUGAAGGAAAGGAUUCAGGAUUGUUUGAGAAAGUGCAGUAGUCCUCAGGGACCUUGGUUUGUUCAGGAGUGACACUGAAACUAAAACUGCAAAUAAUUCACAGCAUUUGCUUCACCUGAUUUAUCAGAUUUAUAGUGCUACACAGUUAGGAUUCAACACGGUUCAAGUAGCUGCAGUAUGUUUUUAAUUCAGAGAGAACUAUAAUAACCUGACAAUCAUUGACUUUCCAGUGACUUUAUAAAGGUUGUGGCAUUGUCUUGUCUGAUCCACAAAGUCAAUACAUACUUUAUCCUAAAGAGUAAAUCAGCUCCACCACUGGUCAUGAACUCUAUCCCAUGUUAGAAUCCUGAACAAAAGUAAAAACAUAAUGACACUAUAUUUUGAUAUUAAGACUAGCACUAACUAGUGUCCACUAAUUACAUUUACCUGCACAGGAAACUAAGACUUUGACGGCUUUGUAAGAAGCUUUUUUUUUCUGUUGCUUAUUUGUGGUGAACAUAUCACUCCUGUAUCCACAGCACCGCACUAGUUACUCAACAGAUAAAUCUGUUUCUUUGCAUGUUUAUUUUCAUGGCUUUACAUUUCUCAGGAUUCAGAUUGUUUAUUUAACAGGCUAGUAGUGUUCGGCACAGUGCUUUAGCAAUGAGGUUGUGACAUAACUGGGUAUUAGUGGAAAUAUUUCCGAACAGGUGCCAAUGUGAUACCUGAGUAUUGGUUUUGAUUUAGAAAUAAAUAAAACACUUUUUUUGAUACUUUUUCUACAAAAGAAAUGUUCUUUCCAGCAACAUCAGUGUUUACUGAAGGCUUAACACAAACUACCAUUUACCUCAAUACAAUACAGUGUAACAAUUUUCAAAUUUAUGAUUUAAAUCCGGCAAUAUUUGGUUAAAGAAAGUGAAACAAGACUUAAAAUCUGACUUAGCAUUUAGCUCUAAUUUUUGUUAUUUUAUAUGUUUCAAUACCCAGUUCUGUGGAGUCGGUCACUAUUGAAAAAGAUGCCCAGCCUCUAAACUACCAUAUAAAGCCCCACUAAUGACACAAACCCACUGGUGUGCCACAGUUUAUAUUUGUGCCAUUCUAAUCUCUCGUUACCUCUCCUUACUCAGCUGGUUUGUCUUUGUUUUUUGAAAUGCUGUUUUGUCACUUUAGCCUCUUUGAGUUAUCGUUUGUAAAUUAGAAAUGGCGAUUUCACACUUGUGUUGAAACAUUGACGACUAACAGUGUGUACAUUUGCCUGAAUAAACAUAAAUGUAAUUUGUUCUACUAUGAA